CAUUCUUUACGGGGCUGUCGGGUUUCGAUGCGUGUGUGUUGGUUUCUCAUUUUUCCUAUAAAGGAAACAAGUAGAUACUGAGCCGUCGGUGGGGGUUAGUUUGAACACUAAGUGUUUGCCAUGGAGAAGAGGAUUUUGUACUGGACGAUUCUGUGUAUGGUGCUGACAGGUGUCGGUGCCAUUGAAGUUACCAUGCCCCAAAGUCAGUAUGAGUUCGCCAGAGGUGACAACAUCACACUGCCCUGCUCCUUUAAAUCUGCAAUUAACAUAAACACUGCCGAAGUAGUUGUCAUCACAUGGACGGCUUUGGCUCUGGAAGCAAAUGUCAAAGAUACCCCGAUCCUCACUUACUACUAUCCUAUAAAGAAAACUGGCAUCACACCCGCCUAUAAAGGUCGGGCGUCCCUGGACGUGGAUGUCCUGAAUGGAAAGGCUAACCUAAAGCUUUCCUCCCUCUCACUAGCUGACAACAAAGAGUUUGAGUGUCAUGUGCAGAUCCCAGAUGACGAAGACGGCACCCAAGCUGCCUCCGCACGCUUGGUGGUUCUAGUGGCUCCCUCUACGCCCGACUGUAAGAUCCAGGGAACAGCACAGUAUGGCCAGGAUAUCACCCCAACCUGUGCAUCUGCAGGAGGAUCUCCAAUGCCCACUUAUAGCUGGAAAUGUUAUUGUGAGCAUAAUCAGCCUGUUCCUCAAGACCCCCAAACCACUGACAGUAAGUGA